AUGUUUUCUCCUGUUCGUCUGGUUCAACUUAGUAUUUUUUUGUAUUCAUUUCACCAAGCUGUGUGCAAAGUGGAGUUUGCGAAUAUUAAGUGCGUUACCUUGGAUCCAGAGUUCGCCGACUUUGACUAUUGCUAUCUAAAGGCGGUUAGUCGCACAUACAAGUACCUUUCCCUUAGAGUCAAAUUGCUAGAGACGCCCAUUACCAAAAUAAAAAUCAACGUAGCAAUAUUGCAGAGAUUGAAUGGCUACAAGCCAUUCCUGUAUAACGUUACAAUAGAUGCGUGCAAGUUUUAUAAAAACCAAAAAUCAAAUCCAAUUGCCCGUUACCUUUACAGUUUCUUCAAAGACUACUCUAAUAUAAAUCAUUCCUGCCCCUACGACCACGAUAUCAUUGUGGAAAAGCUUCCUAUAAGUCAUGUUAAUACGCAAGUAACAAAAGUUCUUCCAGUUCCCCAUGGGGACUAUCUAUUUCACUCGAACUGGUAUGCCUACGAUAUUAACCGUGCUAUUGUGGACGUAUACGCUACAAUAUCAUAA